AUGACUAAAGACAAGCUAAAUAACUCCACCUUAUCUGCUCCCUUAAAAACAGUAGGACAUAAUGCACGAGAUGACCCAAGCUUUGGGGGGGCAGUCGUUUCUCAGCCACCACAUGUUCAUAUCUUUAACUGCUUUCCUUCUUAUAAAAGGGGCUUCAAAUUCUUUCACAGCUUUUCAAACUCAAAAGAAAAUCUCACAUUACUUGCACAUAACACUCAAGAAGUAGUAUCAGUGAGGUGCUUCUUCCCAGUGAGGAGUAUGAAAGGUCGAUCAUGGCAAAGGUGUUCAAAGCAAAUUAGAGAACAGAGGGGACGGCUUUAUAUUAUAUGGAGAUGUACUGUGUUACUUCUUUGUUGGCAUGACUGACUUCCAUUGCAGUUCAAUCUUGUAUCCACUUCUCAAUUACACUGCAAGAUUUAGAUGCUCCUUGUGCUGUGGGUAUUGUGUAGUUUAGAAACUCAGAUCAUGCAAUCACAUUUUCAAUUAGGAGAGAGGGUA